UCUUCAGUUUUUUGAGCCCAUAAUGACGAUAGUUAUCAGGUGAAGCCUUGACAAUUUAGAAUUAAGCGUGAAAAAAUUUGUGCUUUUGAUGUGAAAUAAUUAGCCUAUGCACUACUUUCAAGUUUCAAGAGGCACAUCUUGCCAUAGUCUUCAUAAUCUCAUCAUCAAAAACCUUUUAAUGGUUUUUGGUGAAUUAUAAGUACACAUCGUUUGUAUAGCCUCUUAUGACUUUGUGCUUAUUAGUUCUCAUAUACUUAAUUUUCUCAGAGUAGGCAUCAGAAAAUUUCCCCCACUCUAAAUUUCUCUCUGCCCAGCUCUCUUGUAAAAUGUUUCCAAUAUUUUAAGAAAUAAAUUUGUAAGUUUGUUUCUACUUUCUUUUCAUUUAAGCAUCUUUAAAUAUCACAUAUCUUUAAAUAUCGCUUUAAAUAGUCACGAUCCGUUUCUGGUAGUCACGAUCCGUUUCUGGUAUCAGAGCCAUGUUGGCAGACUCUAUGUUUAGCAUGAGCAGCUGAACAUAUAGUCUGUCUAGAGCAUGAGCUAAUUUAUAUGAUAAAGGACAUAUUAACUUGAUCAAUAUGCUUUUCUUAAAUAUUUAAUUAUGCUUUUAUAUCUUGUCUUAUAAUGGGGUUUUAAUGCCAAGUUCGGGGUUUCUAAGUACUGUUUAAGUGUUUGACAGAACCGACUAAUCUCCGGUGAGGACGUUGGUCAGCCUGAAAGUAUAGGUCAUUAAGCUUAGGAGAAGCGUGUUAGACCUUGUUUGGUGGUCCCGUCACUGAGAAAACACUUAGCAGUCUGUAGAGUAAUGCCACUAAAACUUGUUAAGAUCCUAUAAGCCUUCGAUCUAUUUGCAUAAUUAUAUUUAGUCAUUGCAUAUCUGAUUACUUUAAUAUGUCUCUUUGCAUAUAUAUCUGCUCUGUUAGUCUCUAGACAGCCUUGUUUUAAUGAUGAAUAGUCAUGUCAAAAAUACUGUUAACCUUUCUUCUUCGGCAACUCCGAUUGCCACUAUUGAAAAUGAUCUUCAAAACUGGAGUAUUCCAGAAGAAUCUUUCAGUACUAUUUACCAAAUAGGACGAUUUAGUUUUUUGAAAAAACAUAAUAUUAAGACCUCUGAGUCUACUGUUGCCAUUAAUAAUUCUUUAGAAAUUAUUCAACUGUUCAACGAGUUAGAUAUAAACCGAUUUAAAAAUCAGUUUAAUUAUUUACAUGUUGGACUUGUUCAAGUUGCUAUCAAGCCUCUCUUCCGACAGGGUUUGGAUAUACCGGUCUGUGCUAUCCUAAGAGAUGCUCGUCUUUUAAAUUUUGACGAUUCGCUCUUAGGGGUAAUUCAAAGUAACCUCGCCGACGGCCCGGUUUACUUUAACUGUUACCCAAAUUUCUCUGUUGAUAUGAAUGAUCCUAACAUCAUGGAUGUUUUGACAUUGAAUGUUAAAACAAAAAACAUGAAUAGUAAGGAUAACACUAGAGAAAUAGCGAUCAUAUACCGAGUAUAUUAUCGCCUUAUGGGUACUACUCUAGCUCCUAAAGCCAGAUUCACAAGCCCUAAGGGUGUCACCACUCUUAUGGAAGCUAACAAUGACCGUAGCACUGUCUUUGUUCCUAAAGCUCUCGUUUGGGAUGAUAUCCUACAACAAAAUGAUUGGCACUUUGAGGCCAUCACCCGUCCCAUGAGGACCUACUCCGAACGAUCUCAAAUUGAACGAAUCGUUCAACAUCCCGAUGGAUCUAUCGACCUAAAAUUCCUCGGACUCGAUCCAUCUCGGCUUUCUUCCUCCUCCCGUCGAUCUGUUUCCACGCGUGCCUCUUCUUCCAAACUCCCGGAGGAGCACGACGUACGUGAUAACAAGGGACCAAUCAGAGGAGUUGACUACUCUGGUUCUGUUCCAAAGGUCUAUUACCAAAAUACGAAGGUAAACGAACCAGAAAACCUUUAUGAACCAGGAAGUCCUUCGGCUUCCGAGAUGGCUCCCCCUCACAAGGUCCGAACUGACCCAAGUUUGUUCGUCAUCCGCUCGGAUGAGGAAGAAUAUGUGCCAGAUCUAGCAGCCUUAAAAAUACGCUGGAACCAUCCAAAAGAUACCCUCAAAAGGAGAUGGUACGGAAGUACGUAUUCUCCAGAGGAACAAAAGGAGUUUGGUCGGUUAUGGAUAGCCGACAUGAAAAGACUCCGUUGUGAUAUGGAAUUCUUCUUCUGGUUUGAAAAAACUGGAAGGAUAGAAAACCAAACAGAAUCUCUGAAUGUCAUUGUUACCAAAUGGUACACUCAGAGAAACACAGUGGUAGAAUCCGCAACCCCUCCUCUAGAAGGACUUAACAUCCCUUACUCGAACGAGGUUAUUAAAGCCUCACCUUUUAAAACCAAGUUCGAACGAGGCACACUGACACCUCAAUUUAAAGAUCUUGAUAGAAUAAUUGAGCAAAACAAUUAUACAAAUCAAGUUCUUCACACCAUCUCCCAGCAGAUUGAAGAAACCAAGAGUUCUCCUCUCUCUGCACCUCUACCAGUCAAAAGCACUCCAAGCUCUAAACCUCUUUCAAAUCCUAUCUUUAAACUCCCAGAGUUUAAUAAAGAUAAGUUUCCUAACCUAAAUGAUGACUUUAAGUUGUCUGAACAAAUGCUGGAAAAAAUCAAUUCCAAACUCACCAAAUUUAAGAUCUCAGAAGCCUCUACCUCUAAAGACUCUUCUGAUCCUAAGAAUACGAAUUCUCUCUCCAAAUUAUCUAGUGAACGAUUUUCCACUAGAAAAAAUUAUUAUCGAAAACCCUCUCCCCCUGACGUCCAGUUCGAAGAAAAUCCUUUCUUAUCUACAUCUAGUCAUGAUGGGCGAGGUAUCACUGAAUGGAAUAUUGAUGGUCUGGCUGAGCAUCAGAUCUACAAUAAACUCCAUGAAAUUGCGGUAGCCAUCACAGCCUACAAAAUCAAAGGUUCCUCUGACAAAGGUGCCGCCACCAUGAUUGUCUCCGGUUUCACCGGCAUGAUCAAACACUGGUGGGACAAUUACGUCUCGGAAGACGAGAAAAACCUCAUUUACAAUGCCACAGUCCUUGAACAGGUGGCUCGAACUGUUAAUGGUCAAGAAACUCUUGUCCAGGAAGCACAAGAAGAUGCUUGUGCAACCCUUCUUUAUCACAUAGCUAGACAUUUUGUAGGAGAACCAAAACUCUUCCAAGACAGAAGCUUAGAAAUCCUCAAUAACCUUCGAUGCAAGAAUCUAGCCGAUUUCAGGUGGUAUAAGGAUACCUUUCUUGUUAAGGUUAUGAUCAGACCUGACUGCAAUAAUGACUUCUGGAAAGAACGAUUUAUCAGCGGUCUCCCUCCUCUAUUUGCCGAUAAGGUCCGAACAAAACUUAAGGAUAGAUUUGAAGGCCAGAUUCCUUACAAUAUCCUUACUUAUGGAGACUUAGUAAGUUUCAUUACCACUACGGGGAUAGAACUCUGUACAGACCUUAAGCUUAAACAACAGUUGAAGCAAAAUCACAAAUACGGUCUGACAACCUUCUGCCAAGAUUAUGGUUUUACUGACCUCCAUGACGGAAAGAGGCAUAAAAGAAUGCCCCCGAAGCGUCGUCAUAAAAAGCCUUAUCCAAAAGGAAAGACUUCUUAUAAAGAAUCAGGUUCUUAUAAGGAGUCAAGUAAACCUCGCCGAAAAACCAGGCGCAAAUUUGUCGCAAAAUCCAAAGAUACCUGUUGGACUUGCGGUAAGACCGGCCAUAGGGCAAAAGAUUGCACAUCAGGUAAACGAAAGAAGAUCAAUCUUCUUGAUCUACCUGACGAAACCAAAGAAAAGCUCUUCUCUAUCAUGGAAGACCCCUCCGAAGCAUCUGAUUCUUAUUCCUCUUCUGAAGAUGAAUAUAGCGAUGAAGAUUUCAUCAACACCGCUUAUGAGUCAGAUAGUUCUCAAUCUGGGCAAGACUGUGAGUGCCAAGGCACUUUCUGUAUUUGCUCGCGAAAAGUUAUCAACGUCAUUACUGACAAGCCAAAAGAAAUCCUGUUUGAUAUUAUCGAACACAUCGACGACGAAGAGCUUAGAACUAAGUACCUUCAAGAGCUCAAACGUCUCGUACUUUCUACUGAUGAAAGUACCUCUAAACCAAAACCAAUUGUUCAACCUUUCUCUAUGACCAGAGUAAUGGCUAAAUUUAAUCCUCCUUCAGAACCUUCCAUAGCAGAACUUAGGGGUGAAAUCUCCAUGUUAAAGGGAGAAAUCAAAAACCUUAAAGUCCGACUAGAUCAAGUCGAACUACAUGUUCUGACAGAACAAGUUCUACAAUCGGCCUCACCAAAGGCCCUUACAGCUCCUCCUCCUAUCAGCAUGCCAACUGAUCAUCUCCAAGAACCCAUUCUUUUUCCCGGAGAAGAAAUCUCUGCUACUCCUUCUACCUCCAAAGCGGUAGCGGCCAUUAAGGCUUACAGUGAGCACAUUGCGGUAAAAAUCGUUAUUAACAAUGACUUUGUACUAAAUAAAGUAGCUCUUUUCGACACUGGAGCCGACAGUAAUUGUAUUGUCAAAGGCCUCAUACCCACCAGAUAUCUUCAAAAGAGUACCUCACGACUAUACUCAGCCACGGGAGAAAAAAUGCGCAUUGAUUACCAACUGCGCAAAGCCCAUGUUUGUAACAACGGCGUUUGCCUUAUCAAUGAUUUUGUCAUUACCGAAGAUAUCACCGAAGAUAUCAUUUUAGGUAUCCCGUUUAUCAAUCAGAUUCGACCUUACCAAAGUAACUUCGAUGGUAUUCGUACCACAUUGUUGGAUACUGAGUUAUUCUUCCCUCUCCUACGACCGCUCCCUUCUCAGGAGCAGCAGCGCAUCAAAGACGAAACUAUCUUUAAGAUUAAUCGUCUUUCUUCCCAUCUGCACUACUUACAGAGUGAUGUUCAGCUCAAACGUAUUGAGUACACUUUAAAAACCCCGGAGAUGCUAAGUAAAAUCUCCAUUCUCCAAAAACGGUUCGAGGACGAGAUUUGCUCUGAAUUGCCAAAUGCUUUUUGGGAACGCAAAAAACAUCUCGUAGAACUUCCAUAUAUUCCUGGCUUCGAUGAACAAAACAUCCCCACAAAAGCCAGACCAAUCCAAAUGAAUCAUGAGAUGAUGGAAAUCUGUAAAACAGAAAUCAAUCAUCUUCUUGAAAAAGGAAUCAUUAGACCCUCUAACUCCCCAUGGAGUUGUUCGGCAUUUUAUGUAAAUAACAGUGCUGAAAAGGAAAGGGGAACACCUAGGCUUGUAAUAAAUUACAAGCCCCUAAAUGCAGUCCUAAAAUGGAUUAGACAUCCAAUCCCCAACAAAAGAGAUCUUCUGAAACGAACUUAUAAAGCUAAUCUUUAUAGCAAGUUCGAUAUGAAAUCCGGUUUCUGGCAAAUUCAAAUUGCCGAGAAGGAUAAAUAUAAGACAGCAUUCAAUGUUCCUUUCGGACAUUAUGAAUGGAACGUUCUACCCUUUGGGCUUAAAAAUGCCCCUUCCGAAUUUCAAAACAUUAUGAAUAACAUUUUUAAUGAUUAUUCUUAUAUGUCCAUUGUUUACAUUGAUGAUGUAUUGAUCUUCUCUGAGAACAUUGAUUCCCAUUUUAAACAUCUUAAUACUUUCUUUAAGAUUGUAAAAUUAAAUGGCUUAGUAGUAAGUGCUAAGAAGAUGCAGCUUUUCCAAACCACUAUCCGAUUUCUAGGACAUGAUCUUCAUCAAGGAAGUCAAAAGCCCAUCUGUAGAGCCAUAGAAUUCUCUACCAAAUUUCCAGAUGAAAUCAUUGAUAAAACGCAACUCCAAAGAUUCUUAGGAAGUCUAAAUUAUGUUGCUGAUUUUAUUCCUAACAUCAGACAGGUCUGUGAGCCUCUUUACCAACGCCUUAGGAAGAACCCUGUUCCUUGGAGCCUCGAUCAAACUAGAGCAGUCGUCAAGAUUAAGUCCCUAGUAAAAACCCUUCCUUGUCUGGGCAUUCCCAAUCCAGAUGCCUUCAUGAUUGUUGAAACUGAUGCCUCAGACUUAGGAUAUGGAGGUAUACUGAAGCAAAGAGUCAAUAAUACUUCUUUUGAACAACUAGUGCGUUUUACCUCAGGUAUAUGGAAUGCGGCCCAGAGGAAUUACAGUACUGUCAAAAAAGAAGUUUUAUCUAUAGUGCUAUGUAUCACUAAAUUCCAAGAUGACCUUGUUAAUAAGGAAUUUCUUCUUCGAGUUGAUUGUAAAUCAGCUAAAGAGAUUUUACAAAAGGAUGUUAAAAAUCUCGUUUCAAAACAAAUAUUUGCUAGAUGGCAAGCUCUCCUGUCUAGCUUUGAUUUCCAAAUUGAAUUUAUUAAAGGAGAAAAUAACUCCCUCCCCGAUUUUCUAACAAGAGAAUUUUUACAGGGCCAUGAGACCAACACUUCAGGGCAGUAGCCCUAAAACUGAACAACAACGAAUGGCNNGACCAUUCGACUCAUCGACACCAGCAGCAAAUCCAUUACGGCCUACAGUCCCUCAGAGGCCGACCAUUAAGACAGAAACUCUCAACAAAUACUCUGGUCUGACAGAAGUGCAAUUCCCUAAACUAUCUCCGCCAAUGCCCACAAAAUUGGUAGACUUAAAGACAAAUUUGCCUCUGGACAAAGGAUCAUCAGCAACAAGCUCUUCCUCCAUCCAGACCAAGCAAAGUUACGCCAUGAAGGCCCCAGAGACCUUCGCCCAAGCAGUAAAUCCUACUGCAGUAAAAGUUACUCCUCCCUCUCCUGCUAAAGAAGAGUUCAAAUUUGUUACUUCCACGGUAAUGCCUAUCAUUGCUCUAGAUAAGGCUUACGAAGGAUAUCCAAUCAACCAACUGAUCAAGCCGGUAUAUACUAACAACAAUUUUGUGGAUACUGAAGAUCCACUAAGGACUCGACGAUUUUAUGAAGCUAUUUUGGUCGACACAGAUUCGAUUGAAGUAGAACAUUCACUGGAUCAUAAUAAUCCAGAUUUUAUUAGUUACUCGAAGUUCACCAUAAAGAGGAUAUUAACUCCUUUCAAUUGGUUUGUUGAUCACUUACAUACUCCCAUUGCUCUAUCAAUGCCUCAUAGGCCCCAGACCUAUAAUUGGUAUGAUUACAGAGCUGCAUGGUUCAAUUUCAUCUAUGUUCGCCCAGGACAUACAUGGUUCGUUAAAUACUGCCCCGCCAUGAUAGAAGCUACUAUACCUAGGUGGUUCUAUGAAUGGUGGUCCUGCUUUGGGGGAACUAAAGACGUACUCCCCCAACAAUUUCUUAACAAAUUUCCAGACUUCUUAGUAAAGGAAGGAUGCUCUACUUUGCCUGAGCACAUUCAAAUGUGCAAAUUCUUCAUUAAGAAGAGAGUAUCAUACAUCAUUUCUUGGAAUUUCUCUAAAGAAGAACAACACAGGAUCAAAUACUUGUCCAAAGAGAUUAAAAUCAAGGGUUGGACUCCUAAGCCAACCGCUCCCAAAACUCCAGACAAAGGUAAAGCUGCCACAACGGCUUCUCCACCUUCCUCCGCUUCAAAGAAAGUUUUAAAGGAAAAGUUAAAACAAGCACUGGCCAAAUUAGAUGGACCAGACUCUACCGACAACACCGAAGAGUUGUUACAACUUAUCGCUGAGGCAUCCUCAACCGGAAGCAGCAGUGACAAUGGCGAUAUGCUAGAUCCCAAAGGGAUCGCUAUGGCCUACCUUGAUCCCUAUUAAGAAUAGGAAACUGGCCUUUCCAAGAGAUAGAGGUCCAAAGGGCCGGAAUUACCUCUUGAAAGGGCAAGCUACUAUUCCUAAAAGGAAUCCAGCUGUCCCAAUAAAGGACAAGGGUAUCAAAUCCUGCUUUUCA